AUGUGUAUCGAGUUUUUGAAGUUCAUCUCUGCCACAACUUCGUUUAUUGGCAUAUUUAUGUUACAUUGCGCGGCCAACACUACAACAUCACACAUGGAGAGACUCUUUGCCGGUAAAAUUCUGUCAACCGAUCACAGAUACAGACCGCAACUGAAUCAAAGCGAGGCAACUCGUGUCAAUCUUUCCUUGGUGCAUUACUCACUCAUGGAUGUCGACGAAGUCCAACAAAGCCUUGCAAGCAACGUCUUGCUGGUCGUUACCUGGGUAGAUGAAACCAGAAGUUGGGACCCGAACGAAUACGGCGGGAUAUCAAAGGUUCACCCCGAACCUUCAGAUAUUUGGAAACCUCGAUUUUUCUUAACCAAUUCUAUUGGAAGCAGGGAUAUAUUUGAAGAUGAUUACGCCCCCUUGACAAUAUUCAGUGAUGGAUUGACAGUUUGGCGACCGGGAGGUAUGAUGUACACCUAUUGUCUCAUGAAAAUGACUCAUUUUCCAUUUGAUACUCAAACGUGCAGCCUGAAUUUAACAACAGGCGAAACAGCAGAAACUCUUAGGUUACUGUCUGCAUCUUCAAAACCUGGCACCUAUAGCGACAAGAGUGGGGAAUGGUUAAUUAAAAAGUCAACCAUCCGGACAGUAACACAAGACAAUAUAUAUCACGUUAAAUAUAUCCUGCAGUUGAAUCGCCUAUCAUCGUUUACUGUAUUAAAUAUGGUAAUACCAGUUAAUAUUAUCUCCAGUAUUUCAUCGCUGACUUUUCUUAUACCUGUCACCAGCGGAGAAAGGGUGUCGUUUUCAAUAACGGUUUUGCUAUCGUUGACCGUUUACACCGGAGAAAUAUCUAAAGACCUGCCAACAAAUUCUGAAAGCCUACCACUUCUAAUUAUGUACCUAGCCUGCCUCCUGCUCCACUCUGGAUUUGUGAUAGUUGCCAAUCUGGUUGUUCUCAAGAGGCACUUCCUCUCUUUUAGAAGAGGAACAGGGACGAAGGACAGCAUACCAAGAGGCCUUUCUUUCACAAAGAAACUUUCAGACCCCAAUCUCCAAGACCAUCUCAGCGGAGAGCAAGAAACAUCACUCACUUAUACACAUAAUACAUCUUCGAAAGAAAAUCUAUUCCUCCGCAGACAUAGCUUUGACAGUGUCAACAAUGUGCAACAUAAAAGAUCUACUUCUAGCGAAAAUGACUCUGAAAGCUCCAAGGAGAGCACUUGUCAACAGGGAUUCUCUCUUCUGCUGAAGUCCUAUAUGUUUAAUUAUAUCAGUGUGCCAGAUUUUUGGUUCUUUCUGGUGAGUUUUGUUCUGUGGCUUCUCAUCACUGGUGUCUUCAUGACUUUAAUGGCCUUUGGCUUCUAG